AUGAAGGAAUUCAACUAAACCAAUCUAACUACUCUAUUUAUCGAAUAUUGUGUAAUAUUUUCUCAUUAAUGGACUGCUUAAAAUCAUUAACUGGUCAUUGUGAGAUCGAAUAUUAGAGAUCAGGAUGUAACUAAUAGGUUCAUUAUAUUAUUGGUGUGA